CCAGCAACUGGCCGCUCCUGCAUCUGGGACAGUUUGAGAAAAAAACAACAAGACCCAGAAGUAGUUGCUCACUUUUUCACAGCAACAGACAUGGUGCCAACAGUGAGCGGCCUAUUGCAGGCUAUCAACCAUGAUUACACGAUAUGGAUCGUUGGAGCAACGCUUCUUGUCUUUGGUCUAUACUGGUGGUCGACGUUGACCGACAUUCCUAAGAUCAAAGGAAUUCCAGAAAUCCCUGGAGCAUUACCAAUCUUCGGCCAUCUCCUGCAGCUAGGUCAAGAUCAUGCUACCGUCUGCGAAGGCUGGUGGCGCAAGUACCGUCAAUCAGUCUUCCAAAUCCGUCUCGGCAAUACUCGAGCAGUCGUGGUCAACUCAUUCGAAGAUGCUAAGCAAAUGCUUAUCGGCCACCAAACUGCCGUGAUCGACCGCCCUACGCUAUACACCUUCCACGGCGUCAUCUCGUCCACGCAGGGCUUCACCAUCGGUUCCAGCCCUUGGGACACCUCGUGUAAGAACAAGCGCAAAGCAGCCGGCCAAGCUCUCGGCCGACCCGCCAUGCGAGGCUACUUCGACAUGUUCGACCUCGAAUCCUACUGUAUCGUCCGGGACAUUUUCCGCGACAGCAAGAACGGCGAACUCGAGAUUGGCGUGCGUCCGUACAUCCAGCGGUACGCCCUCAAUACCACACUGACGCUUUGCUACGGCAUCCGCAUGGAUAACGUCUACGACGAAAUGCUCCGCGAGAUUCUGCACGUGGGCUCUGCCAUCUCCCUCCUCCGCUCUGCGUCCGAAAACUUUCAAGAUUACGUGCCUGUGCUGCGGUACUUCCCGAACAAUGAGAAGAACCGACGGUCCAAGGAACUCCGCGACCGCCGCGACAAGUACCUGAAUUUCCUCCUCAACAAGGUCCGGGAGAUGAUCAAGAAGGGCACGGACAAGCCGUGUAUCAGUGCAGCCAUCCUGAAAGACCAAGAGACCAAGCUGACCGGCGUUGAAGUCUCCAGUAUCUGUCUCUCGCUCGUGUCUGGUGGAUUCGAGACCAUCCCCGGCACACUGACGUCGUGCAUCGGGUCACUGGCUACGAAGGAAGGGCAGGAAUUCCAGGACCGCGCGUACACAGAUAUUAUGCGGUACUAUCCCGACGUCAAAGCCGUAUGGGCCAACAGCUUCCAGGAGGAGAGGGUGCCGUAUGUGAACGCCAUAAUCAAGGAGGCCGCGCGGUACUACACAGUCAGCGCCAUGAGUUUGCCGCGCAAGACGGUGACCGAGGUGGAAUGGAACGGCGCCAGAAUCCCGGCUAAGACGAUGAUCCUGAUCAACGCGCAGGCCGCGAACCACGACGUCGACCACUUCGGACCGGAUGGCGCCGUGUUCAACCCGGAGCGAUGGCUGAACGACGAGUUUGUCAUGAAGCCGUCGAGCGGCGUCGCGCCGGAGGAGAAGCCCGCACAGGGGAUCCAGCAUUUCAGUUUCGGCGCCGGCUCGAGGGCGUGCAGUGGCCAGUUCAUUGCGAGCAGGCUGUUGUACACGGCGCUGAUCAGGUUGUUGACGUGUUAUAAGAUCGUGGCCAGUGACAGUGAGCCGCCCAACACUGACUACGUGGAUUACAACCAGUUCAAGAGCGCGCUGGUCGCGAUCCCGAGGGACUUCAAGGUCAAGUUGAUCCCCAGACACGACGAGAGUGUGAUCAAGGAGGUCAUGGCCGAUGCGGCCGAGCGCACGAAAAAUUACUAUGCCGAGGAAGAUUAAGUAAGUAUCGUGAGAUCUGCAUGUUUUUUCGGGGGUUUCUUGGAUCGUUCUGUUCACUGGGUCUAUCUAGAUGAUAUGCCAUGGGCGCCACGGUUGAAGAGGGAGGAACAAAGGUACCAGUACUAGUAUCUAGCAUUGAUGACAUGAAUGAG